UACACGAAGAAGAAGAGGUGGAAGGAGGAGAAGAAGACGUAGAGGACACCGGUGAACUUUUGUAGAGCGUAAACAACCUGCUAGCAGACCAUGCUUUCAUUCAGUAAAGCACCGUGUAUUUAUUCGCAGAUAUGUCACCUUGCGAACACGCAGCUCAACAUGGCGACGGCGCAGAGCAUCAGGAAGCUCUCCAACCAGGUCAGGAGCUUGUCUCACCUUACGGGAGUUCGUCCUUUCACGAAACACACGCUUCAUCCCAUCUGUCGACUUCCAGACGAAUGUUUUGAGGGUGGAGUUUAUAGUGGAAGGUGGAGGAAGAACAUCCAUCUGACGUCACCAAGGCAGGAGAAACCCACCCCUGUGCCAAUAGGUGAGCUGUCAGAAGCGGCAUAUGAGAAGCUGGCAGAUAAGACAUUGGAUGCUCUGGCUGAUUAUUUUGAAGACCUGACAGAUGAAGCUUUCACUGGAGCAGACUACGAUGUUGUCUUCUCUAGUGGCGUGUUGACAGUGAAGGUGGGUGGGGACCAUGGCACCUACGUCAUCAACAAACAGACUCCAAACAAACAGAUCUGGCUCUCUUCUCCCACCAGUGGGCCAAAGCGCUACGACUGGACAGGUGAACACUGGGUGUACGCUCACGAUGGUGUGAACCUCCACCAGCUGCUUUCUAAAGAGUUUUCCAUCAUCUUUAAUAAAAACAUGGACCUCUCUGGCCUGCCAUAUUCCUGAGACCCCUCACCUGCUAAUGAGCUGCCUACAGCAUAACUACUGAAACAACUGUUAGAUCAUAUGGAAGCCAAAGACACAGAGUAUAUGUUUAACUCCACAAUAUCUUCUCAACAUUAUCCCUAAGUAGAGCAGUUGUACUGUAUAUGAUGUCAGUGAUCUAUAUGUGUGAGCUGCAAUAAUGAAUUGUACAUUUGUAUUUUAUGGUGAUAACGACACAUUCUCAUUAAAUAUUUGGAAACCCACAGAUGUUGAUGUAGAAUUCAGCCACAUUCAGUCUUCAUAGAAACUCCUCUAUGUCCUCAGUGCCCCACACUGUCCAAUCAUUGAACACAAGAGCCUGUUUUCAUUGCAGUCAGCAUUUACACAUACUAGUGACAUUGUUGCCUAUAGCUAACUUGGUCUGAAUAACUCCUGACCCCAACAGCACUGGAGUUUCUGACAAUAUUCUAAUGUUUUAUACUGCUGGCCAGUGGACAAUAUUUCCCCAUUUAGUUUUGAUUAUAAUUAAUUUUAUUUGUGAGAGACCAUGUACAAUAUCAUAUUUGAUGUAUUGCACAAGAGUUAGCUUAAAGGACCAGUGUGUAGGAUUUAGUGGCAUCUUAAACACAUCCUCCCAGUUCAAAUUAAAAUCAGCAAUAAGAAUUCA